AUGGAUAGGUUCCAAGAUUGUGUGCCAGAUGCAACAGUGCCGCUUUCAGCAGACCCUUCAACCUCGUCAUCUCCAACCCUUCGUACGAAAAUCAAAUUGUAUGAGAUAUUUUCUGGUGAUAUAGUCACCGAUGCUACGCUAUCUUCAGCCGCCAGACUAUUCAGUGAGAACUACGGAACCUGGGAAGAGCAUUCACGGAACCCAUGGAAAACUGUUAAGCUUGGUGCACGCCGUCUGCGAGAGAAAUACCUUCCCCAUCCCGCUACUGAGAGCUACUAUGCUACGGUGACUGUUGAUGGGGAUCUUGCCGGAAAUGCGUUCUACCGCCGUUGGAGAUAA